ACUGCAGCAAUCUUUAUCUCUUGCUGCAGCAGCAAGCGGCGAGGGGUGGGAAUGGCUGCGGCUGCGGCGCCCACUGCUAGCAGGCCCCCCCCCUGCAGCAGCAGCAGCAGCAGCGGACCCUGCUGCUGCUGCUGCUGCUGCGAGCCCCGCCAGCUGCGUCGUUUCUGCUGCUGUGCUGCCGAUGUGGCGCUGGGUGGGAUUUGCUGCUUGCUGCUGCAGCAAAGAAGCUGCUGCUGCACUCAGCGCGGUGUACAGACACCUCGUCGAGGGCACAGAGUGCCUCAGCCUCGUUGCUGGCGACAGAACGGCCUUGUCACUCUACGAGCCGUAA